AUGAACGGUCCAGCACCCGUGACAAUCUCCAUCUAUGGCCUCACCGAGCUCACUCAAGGCGAUGCUGUCCGAGAAUUCGACAUUGUUUUUGUACAUGGCCUCCAAGGUCACCCGGAGAGCACGUGGACGUUCUCGGAGGGUACUAGCAACCAAACACCUGCCAAACCGCCUUCCAAGGGUUCCUUUUUCCGACGGUCCGUAAAAGCAACUGCUACGGAGCCCGCGGCUGAUUUGCCCGGAGCUCCUCCACCGCCAGGCACCUUUUGGCCGCGAGACUUCUUGCUCGAGGAUUUCCCAAAAGCGCGCAUUUUCACCUAUGGCUACGAUUCUUCCGUCAGCCACUUUUUCGCUGGCCCAGCUAAUUCCGACAACAUCCUCGACCGUGGACGAGACCUGCUCGAACGGCUUGUAACGCAGCGUGAGAAAGUGCGAGGUCGCCCCAUCAUUUUCGUUGCGCACUCUCUCGGUGGUUUAGUCGUCAAAUCGGCCUUGAGGCUAUCUGCCUUAGCUGAGGAUGGAGCCAAAGACCACGAAGACAUACUAGCAUCCACGGUGGGCAUCUUGUUCUUCGGAACUCCUCAUCGCGGGAGUCUCUGGGUCAGCACGGGCAAGAUCAUCUCCCGUUUUGCCAAAGCGAUGGGCUUUUCGACGAGUAACGUCGAUCUCGACUUGCUCAGGCCAAAUGACGCAAUGCUGCAAAUACUAAGAGAUGACUUUAGACGACAAUUAGACAAUCAGAAACUGCUCCAUGUCACGUCUUUCCAGGAAUCCAAGGGGUACAAAGGCUUCAACGGCUUUGAUGAAAAGAUUGACGAAGCCCAUGAUCGCACGCUCUCAUGGCUCCUACAACCGGACCUGCAAGGACCCGGCCUAAUGAAUUGGCUUGCCGUUGAAGAAGGCAUAUUUUGGAUCCAGGGUGUGCCAGGCUCCGGGAAGUCUACUGUGAUGAAGUACCUUUGCGAGUCGGGCGACGUCGCCAGAACCCUAGAGACAUUCGGUUGGUCUCAUGCAACAGUUUUCUUAACGCGCGAGAUUGAGGAAGAGAACAGAUCCUGGAAAGCAGUCGUCGGCGCAAUCGUGUACAAACUCUUAUGUUUCCACCCCGCCCUUCAUUCCAUCAUCGAACCGUUGGUCGCUUCCCAUGGCCAACCAAGGUCCUUCUCUCUAGAAGAGCUUGAGAAGAUUCUGCUUCUAUGCAAGUCGCAGAAAAUAGUCACAUUUCGCAUUUGUCUUUUCAUAGACGCCCUGGACGAGAGUGACAACGAUGAGAAAAAUUGGGAAUACAUGGCCGACUUCUUGGAGUUCCUGGUAUCAGGUGAGGCCGACCAAGGAUUUGGUACCUUCAAGGUAUGCGCCACCAGCCGUCCGGAGAGCGCAUUCGAUGUCCGAUUGAAGGGUCGACCUGGCUUGCGCGUGCAGGAUUGGACCAAGGGGGACAUAUACCAUUAUGUCCACAGCCGAUUGGAAUCCCAUCGGCGCGUACGAGACAUGGCUGGAGAUUCGGAAUUCUGCGAUCAGCUGCAGGAGAUCUGCAGGUUCAUUAUUGAUCAGGCAAUGGGUGUGUUUCUUUGGGUUCGCUUGGUCGUCGACAGCGUGCAUGUCAGCCUAUCACGAAGCGAAUACUUGGGGAACGUACGAGCGCGACUAUUGAACAUGGAUCAGACAAACACACAAAUGGCUGAACUUUACUUAUCCACACUCGACAACAUACCGGUAGAGACUCGCGGAGAGACGGACGCCAUCUUCAGGACGCUCCUGGCGGCGGACAAACCGGUGAGUGUAAUGGAUAUCGGUGUCCUUCUCGAGGUGAUUCCAUAUCAAACCUUUACCGAAGACGGUUAUGCAAUUGAGCCCCGUCCGAUAUUGGAUAUGAGUAGGAGUGGCCCUAGAUUGGAGCAGCGCAUAAGAGACGCAACGGGAGGAUUGGUACAAGUCGUUAUGCCAGAAGGACGCAUGGAAGCCCUUGAGAUGUGGGAAGCAUUGAGGAAGUCGGUUGUUGCCAAACCUACGAACGAGCCCGGAGAAGAUGACGCUUCACAGGAAAGAGCCAGGAUCGCUUUGAGAGAUCAAGUGAUCGCAGACGUGAUAUCAGGCGUGCGUGACGAGACUGCCGUCUUGACCAACGGUGACGCCUAUAUCGAUGCGUAUCACUGGGUUGUGCAUAACUCAAUGCUCAUGCCAGACGCUCCGAUUUGGACCGUUCAGUUCCUUCAUCAGACAGUGAGGGAAUUUUUGACAACAUCGGACACAGAUCUGUUUUCGAAGAUAAGCGAUAGACUUUCCCAACCACAGGAUGGAUUCAUGGCAGCUGGCGCUAUGUACCACAUUUCGAUUGCAAUCGCCUAUGUCCAGCUGAGCGACACCCUGCUGGAGGAGUCUAGAUGGACCCUGGAACCAACAGAAAUCAUGAUGAGGUACGCCCCGGAGUUGGACUUCAUGGAUGGAACGAAAUCCUACGACCUUAUCCACGUUCUUGAUCGAUGCCUCUCAAAGUCGACCAAAGGGAAAGCUUACUGGCCGGGUUUAAAGCUGAAACACCCUCCAGCCUGGAAAACUACAUUCCUGGCAUUCGCAGUGAGCAACAACAUGUGCGCAUUUGUCUCGAAAGCGCUCCGAAAACAACCCAAUCUUAUUGAAAAGCCCGGUCGCCCGCUGCUACACUAUGCAGGCUGGUCUCCGGGCAAGUUUCCGAACCCCAACAUGGCUGAUAUUCUUCUGAAGGCAGGAGCGAACCCAGCCUGGGUUUUUGACGAGUUACCGCAGAUGUCCAAAACAGCAUUAGAAAGCCUUUGUUUUGGACAAGUCUACGGAAAUGGGGCCUUGCACUUCGAUUACAUGUGGUCGCUCGCGUUACAUCUCGCAGACUCAGGUUUCGAUUCUCGCGUCCCCUCCCCUUCUGGACCCGAUCUCAUCGUCCACGCCACGUCCAGAAACCCCGAGACAUGGACCGAAUGGACCACCAUCUUUCACUACAUUGCCGCAAUGCCCGUACCACUAGUGGACAAGAUCAAGUUCUUUAAGAAAUUAAGGACUCUGGUCAACGACUCCAACGUUGGGUUUUACGACGAUUGUAUGAACGUCUGCGACUCAAAGAAGCUGACCGUCUUCGAAGCUCUGCUUCAGAACGCACACCCAGAGGACGUUACGCCUGAGAUCGCUCGUCGCAUGCUGCGAGGCCUGGAAGCCAAGAUCACAGGGGAGAUGGUGCGCGUCGUUUUCGAGUCCCCGGAAGACAGGGACGAGUCGCCCAUCGCCUGUCAUAUGCGCGCGGUGGCUCGUAUAUUCUUCAGCGAGGAGUUUAGAAAGGAUCGCUACUACUCUAUUGGGGCUCAGAACCUCAUGCACAGUCUCAACCCCCUUCAUUUGGCUAUGGUCGGUAGUACGUGGCUACCGCUACGCAUCUACUACCGCGUCGUUAUUCUGUGGCCAGCGCUGUCCCAGAUCUUGAUCUGUGUGUUCACUUCACCGAUGGGAUUACCGAUAUGCAAGUAUGUACUCCUUGGACUUUGCUACCUUCUGUUUUUUGUAGCUCUGGUUGCGUUGUUGUUGUUUGCCUGGAAGGUACGCUGGGAAAUGAAGAACAACAAAGACUUUGGAGCUUAUGCUACAGCGAGAAGGAGGUAA